UUGUAAACAAUAAAUUUGCUUUAGUUAGGGAAUAAUUUUACAUAAGUAUGCCUAUAUCGGAAAUUGAGGAUGUGUUUGCAAAAUACAGAAAACAAGAAGAAAUUAUCAAUUCUAAGAUAAACCAAACAGAUGGCCGUCAUGUGAGAACUGAGGACAAUGGUCAAGUACUGCAAGAUAAAUUGUAUUCAAAAAGUCUGGGUCAAGCCAAAGAGAGGAACAGGUUGAUCUUAAAGAACUUAGAAACAGUGAAAGGAAAUCUCCGUUCAAAAGCAAUUUAUAGUCCUUCAGAAAUACAGUGGAAGAAAAUACAGGAGAACUAUAGAGCUGAACCUUCACUACCUAUAAACAGAUGGAGAUGUCACUUACCAGUUGUAGUAUAAAUAUAUUUAUUUGAAGAUUGUAUCUUAAUUUAAAGUUUUUGUCAUUUUUGUCGAAAACAUUGCCUUUUACGAAAAAAAUAUAAAGAGACCAAAAAGGUUCUAAAUUCAAUAGCUUUCUAGCGGACUAAAAUUUUUUAAUAAAUUUGGAUAUGCGAUCAAAUUUUUUUGGCUCCGAAGACAACGGGACCCACGAAAAAAUGUCUUAAGGGAGUUCCACGCCAAAAAGCGUAGUGCUAUCCGAUUCCACGUGCAACGAAACCCCUGUGUAUCAAAUUUGGUGAUUCUUAGAUAUAAAAAAGGGCAAUUUCAGGAGGGGCCACUUGGAAAAAAAUAAAAAAUACGGGUCUCUUAAAUUUGUCUUAAGAAUCUAUGUCCAAAUUUUGUUGCAUUCAUUUCGGGACACCCGCUAUAAGGUUGAACGAAAUAGGUAUGAAAAAUUAAUUUCCUAAAUUGAUAAUGAAACUGAGCGUAAAAAUUGCUAUUGAAUAUAUUGUUAAUUGUUGAU